GUAGUGUUAACUCGCAACGCAGAGAUUGGCGUAGUGGACAUAAAUUAGUUGAUAACUUGAUUCAAGGAAUUAGAUUAGACUUUCCUUUUCCAUCACACCAUUUGUCUUGGAUACCUUUUGACGAAUUUGUUGGCUUGAAAUUUGUCUCACGUGGUGGAUUCUCGGCAGUUUAUGAAUCAAAGUGGACAAAUACUGAUCAAACUGUUGCUUUGAAAUGUUUAGAUGGAUCUCAAGAUUUCAGUACUGACUUCUUAGACGAGAUAAAAUCACACUGGGGUUUAUUUUCACAACCUCAAUUUUUACAUUGUCAUGGUAUAACACAAUUACCAAACAGUCGUGAAUUCAUGAUGGUUAUGCAAUACGCGCCAUUCGGUGACCUACGUUCACACCUUCAGAAAAAUCCACAUGAUGUCCUAAAAACUGUUUAUCAUUGGCUGGUAAAUGAUUCACUUGAUGACUAUUUAAGAAAAGGGGGUGGAUCAACGAUAUCAUUUAGUAAUACGGGUAAUGAUCGUAUAAAUCCAGAAGCUAUAUAUUAUAGCCGUCUAUUGGAAUUUCCCGAGUUGAAAGACACAAAACCACAACAUCAACCUUUAAGGCAAUCUUUUCUUGAAGUUCUCAAUUUGGAUCGUCCACUAUCAUCUGUUUAUUCGUUUACAUCUACUCAGAUUGAUAACAAUAAAGAUGAUAUUCGUUCAAAAUUAGGUGAGUGGAAAUGA